AGAGAUUCCAGGAAAGUAGGUGCUGAGAUAACAGGAGAGUACCCAUAUUUGUCAUAGGAAAGUUUUUGUCUAGAAAAAGUUGAACUUCACAGAUUGGAUUGUAACAAUGACGUUUAUUCAUCAGCAACGUCCAUCAUUUCAAAGGCAGCUGAGGUCAUUAUGUGCACAAUAUGGAGUCCAUUAUCCAGUAUGUCGCAGUCUAUUGGAAACACUUAGGAACACUCUUCUUACAUGUCCUUGUGACCGGAAAUAUGAUUCAAACAAACAUAGAAUGGAACUGAAAAAACAGGAUAAGAAGUUGUCAAGCACAUUCUCUUUGGAAGACUUGGAGAAGUUUCAGUAUUCAUCAUACCUUGGAAAGAAUCCAUUGCCAAAAAAUGUUUUCAUUGCCUUGAUUGGGAAACCUUGCAACCAGAACCAGAAUUGCUUGAAAGUCAAAGAUGUGCGCAGUUUGAAACAAGUUCCAAAUGUUCCAAGAAUGUAUGUGGAUGAAGGAAUUUGUGAUCUAGCCUCACAGCAUAACACCAGCCUUCCAUUCUGUACCUCAAAAUGGUCAGGGCAACAAAAUUCUUUGAUGAAUCUUCAAGACACAAAUUUAGAACCAAUAGAAGACAUAAAAUUGGAUAACAAGAGAUCAUGGAGAAGAAAGCUUGGUGGAAUGAUUGGGAAACGGUCAGAUGACCAAGUGAUGGAAGUGCUUGAUGAUAACAUUGAAAAGCUUUGCAGCCAGUUUAACACUCUUCAGAGCUCUGGUCUUCAGCAGUCAGCAACAAACACUGCUGAAGAUUCUCCAGAUUCUCAUGCAGCACUGAAAUCAUUCUGUGAGUCACUGGAAGUCAUCCCUUCAACUACACCAGCGACACCUACACAUAACCCUGAAGCACAAGAUCCAAUGCAGAAGAUAAAGGUGUCGCUUCCUCCUGGAUCUUUAUUCAUUUUCAACAAUUUUGCCCCUCAAACGGAUGAUCCAGAGGAACAGCUCUACACUUUGUUGUGCAGCUCUGUGGAUGCUGGAGGCAAAGUGACAGAUGUGAAACAGGGAGAAGCUAACAAGGCUUGCAGAGCAACAGUCAAGGAAUAUUUAGAAAGAAAUGGUCUUCAGGGAUCUGCCAAGGACAUGCUUGAGAUGCCCAAAGUAGUCUGAAUAAAGCUUCAUUUCAUGGUU